AUGAAGGUCAACGCUCUUGCUAUCACCGCACUCUUCGGAGCUGCUUUUGCUCAGGGUGAUGCACCCACCACCUUUGCAACCUCUCUCCGCCCCAGCGGUGGCGCUCCCCCGAGUGGUCUCCCCAGCGGCUUCCCCAGCGGUCCCCGUCCCAGCGGAUCCGGUGGUUUCGGCGGUGGUCCCCGCCCAACCGGUGCCCCCUCCGGCAAUGCCCACGUUGCCGCUGCCGCUGCUUCCAGCGCUUUCCCCGGCUUCCCCAGCGGUGGUCCUCACCCGUCCGGUCUGCCCAGCGGAUUCCCCGGAUUCCCUGGCCCCAGUGGCUCCGCCGGCCCCAUUCCCACUGUGGCCCCUUCCGGACCUGAUGGGCUCUUCCGCCGCCAAGGACCCAGCGGAAGUGCUGGUCCCAAGCCGUCUGGCCCGGCCCCAUCAGGAGCUGCCCCUUCGGGUGGCCCUGGCGGCCCCGGCGGCCCUGGCGGUUUCCCCUCUGGAUCUGGCGGCGCUGGUCCCCAGCCCACUGGUGAGCCCUCCGGUGAUGCUUUCCGUGCUCGCGCUCGCGACUUCUUCGGUUUCUAA